AUGUCGGACAAGGGGGAACCUCCCCCAACACGCCGUAAACCACCUGAUAGGCGUCCGGGAGUACUCGACAGGCCCCUCAUGGAGCGAGACCUCUUCGCUCCUGAGAGAUCUAGAGUGCUCCCACCUUACAGCCAACUCCCGAGGCGAAUAGGCAGUAUACCGGCGCCCGGCGCCGCGCUCGGCGCAGGUGAAGCUGUGUCUUCACCGAGCGCAGAACUGGCUCCAUUACCACGCCGGAGCCUAGCCUCGCGGAGACGUACACCUCCUGAAAUAGACGAAGACCAGCUCCAAGAGGAGAAAAGGCUGAGAGCCGGAUCAGACUCAUUAUCUGAUUCGGCAUCGCCUCCUUCCUCGGUAACCCCACCCGAGAGACAAGCCUCACAACCUGUGGUAAGGCAUAACAUUCCGCCAAACUCACCGUCUCCAACCACCUCUCCGGCCUGCACCGCUGACAUGCAGGAUUUCGGUGAGGAAGACCCGGAAGGGGAGAGAGAGUGGGACAAUACGUUCUACGCCACUAUAGCCCCAAUACAAGACUCCCAACCUGCAAACCAGGAGCCCAUACCUGGUCCAUCUUCUGCGCCGGACUCUUAUGCGCAAAUUGCAGCAGCGCCGAGAUCAGCGCCACCAUCACCUCCACCACCACCUGUACAAAAACCACAACAGCCAAGCCGUAACCAAACUGAAAGCUUGAUGGCCUCUCCAAAUACAAAAAAUGAUGAAAUAUAUUCUUCUCCUACACAAACGCAGACACCUGUAAAUCAUACCAUAAUAUCCUUGAUACGUGACGAAAUAAGUAAUAUAUUAGAGAAUUCUGUGAGCCCAGACCUCAAAGCUAUUAGGCUGGAAGUAAGUGGAAUACAGGAAAUUAAAAAUAAAAUGGAUAUAUUACAAUCUAUGUACGAUAAGCAACAAAAAAAAUUAGAAGAAGCAAUGCAGGAAAUAUCGUCCCUUAAAAAUGAAAAUUCUAAGCUUCGCCAAAAUCAAAUAAAUAUAAAUUCCAGAUUGACUAUUAUGGAAAAAGAAACAAGAGCAAAUAAUUUAGAAUUUCAUUGCAUACCUGAAUACCGUGGUGAAAACUUAGUCAACACUUUACAUCAAAUAGGAAAAACUAUAGGCGGUAAAGUGAAGGGAAAGGCAAAGUCCCGUUCGAAUCGUGCCGGUCUACAAUUCCCCGUUGGACGUAUUCACAGGCUGCUGCGAAAGGGAAAUUAUGCAGAGCGUGUGGGUGCCGGCGCUCCGGUGUACCUGGCCGCAGUCAUGGAGUACCUCGUCGCUGAAGUUCUAGAGUUGGCCGGUAACGCUGCUCGGGACAAUAAGAAGACCAGAAUCAUACCGAGACAUCUUCAGCUUGCCAUCCGCAACGAUGAAGAGUUGAACAAGCUCCUCUCCGGUGUGACGAUCGCCCAGGGCGGUGUACUACCCAACAUUCAGGCGGUCCUUCUUCCCAAGAAGACCGAGAAGAAGGCCUAA